AUGUCAAUGUUUGGGGCAUUCCGGCUCAACGAGACCACGCGGGACUUGGAACAUGUCAAUCUUGUUCCUGGAUCGGGACUAGACGCUCGAGGAUACACACUGAUGGCCUGCGAUCCAUGCCGUGCUCGAAAGCUCAAGUGUAGCGGGAACAAGGACGGCUGCGAUCGAUGCCGAACGAGCUCAACCACUUGCACCUAUGCCUUGGCAGCCCUGGGAACGAGCCGGCGAAGGCCGCGCCGAAUUUCCAUUACUCCGUCAAGGGUCUCGUCCGGGAGGGAGUCACGAUCAAGCCCCAGACCCAACGCCUCGCCUCAGCAGGGCCGCUCUCAGGGGAACCAGUCCAACCCAUUUGACGCCUAUUCUGGUCCACCACAAACCGGAGAAAUAGAUGCUGAGGCGAGGAUACCUUUGCAACAACUGCAGACAAGUACCGCCGUCGUGGGUCAGGUAGCAGACAACGCUUCGAUGCCACACUCAACUACGUCCUCGAGUUGGGAGGAUUCUUUGUUCGACCUAGAACACUCCCUGCUGGGCUCAAACGAUCAUGACUGCUUCAACUUCGGCGAAGCGUUCGCUGCCGACAAAGAAUUCGUUGAGGGAGUCACUGUGAAUAAUAUGAGAUGGCCAGGAGCCUUGCUACUCCCACCCGCUGGCAACGCUCCCCCAACAAUGCCCCAACAGGAGAUUCAGCAGACAUUGAAGAGGGCAGACGGCCAAAAGCAAGGUUGCGAAUGCCUUGGGGCACUUGUCAAGGUGCUCGAGCACGUCGGCCAUUCACAGACACAGAGUGACUCAACAGGGAUCGACAUGCACCUCAUGAGUCUACGCCAAGCGAUGAACAUCUGUAGUGAGGUUGUCUCCUGCACCAACUGCUCAACGUGCUCAGACAGCCCAGUGCUCGUGGCGACCAUCGUGCAGCUCUUUGUGAGUAUAUCAGACCAACUCGGCGCUCUCUGUGGCCUGCCGCGCGACGGUGAGACGGACGAUAAGGAUGUAGGCGAGGUCGACUUGGGUGUGAUAUGGGUCGGGAGGUACCGGCUGGAGGCUCCCGAGAUGCGCAUGCAGCUGAUCCGUCGUUGA